AUGAUUAACAGAAGCUUGUGCAAAAACGAAUCUGUUUCCCCGAUAAGUUCUUCUAAGUAUACUUCUUAUUAGAAAAAAUUCGAUUUUUAGAACAUCUAAAAGUUUAAAGUUGAAAAUAAAAAUCUUAACUCUAGUAUUUCUCCAAGAUAAGAAUAAUCUAAAACAAAUCAAUUUUUAAAUAAUUCAAGCACCAGUAAAAUUCAAAGUCCUUAAAAUAAAUUCAACUCCAGUAAUCAGUUUUAAUCUUAUCAAUCCCCAAAAGCAUAAGAUACUAGAUUAAAUGAUUAAAAAGAAAGCUAAUUAAUUAAAUAGAAAUCUAAUUAAUAUAAAUAGAAUUCUUUUUAAUUAUCAUUUCCUCAUAAUAAUAAGAACAAUAAUGAAUAAUAAAUUUUGAGAGACAAAUAUCAAGUUAAUAAAAAUAAGACCCAUGAAGUGAAUAUUUUAGAAAGUGAUUCUGACUUAGAAGAGGAAGUCUCAAUCUGGUAAGAAAAUUAACUUUAGACUAACGGUGUAGACACUGAUUAAUUUGUUGAUUGUAGAGGAGAAAAAUUAGAUUUUUAUUAAAUAUACAGACUACGCUCUGCGCUAUACUAGCCAACCUAUGUUUCCCGCAUAGAUACUAUCACCGAAGUGUAAAAUCUUUGUUAACAUUUUAAUAAAGAUAUAACAAUUUAGUAAUUAUAGUAAUAAUAAAUUUAUCUUGAUUAAUAUUAUGAAAUUCAGAAAAAGAAAAACAGCAUUAAAAAUUAAAAAAUGCAAUAAUUACAGAAUAACCAAAAUAUCAAGGAUUUUACAUAAAAAUGUUAAACUGAAAGAAUUUAUAGACCAAUGUCUUCAUAAUAAUAAAAUUACAUUACUUCUACAAAAUUAAAAUAAUAAAUUAACUAUAUUGAAAAAAAUUAAAUUUAAAAAGAUAAAAGUGAAGUUCUUUAGAAUUAAUCUGAAAGAAUUAAAAAAUAAUAAAAAAAAGAUAUUUAAAAAUCAAUUGACAAAAAAGUAAAAGGACUCAAUUAAUCAUAGAAAUAAUUAUAGCAAUAAUAAAAAUCUAAAAGAAGACAGAAAAUCAGUAUUGACUAAGAAUAAGCAUAAAUGAUGAUGCAAAAUAAGAUGAUUCCGAUCAAAUAAAUUAGCUUAUUGGAUGAUAAUGAUGAUGAGCAUGAUGACGAGACUGCUAAAACUGAUUAUAGUUUCUAUAAUACCUCAUCAAAAUCUAAUAGUCGAUUAAGUUAAUCAAAAGAUAAUUCUAUUAAAUGCUAGUAAAGCAAUUACAAUCAAAAAACUAUAAAAAUAUCAAAUUAAGAUAGGUAAUAAGAUUUUAAAGAAACUGCAAAAUCAGUACUUUCCUAUCUUUAAAAAAUAGUUUCUAUCCCAGUUAAUUAUGGUCACUAAUAUUUUUAAAGCAAUAAACUCCAUAACUUAACAGAAAAAUUUAUGAGAUAGUAACCAAACAAAAGAGAUUUAGAUAAUAAAUAGCCAAAUUGA